UGCUGCGUGCUUGUGCCGACUCAUCUCUUCCCACUCGAUUGCGAUACCACGACCUGUACAUUGCCCAAACCGAUCAUAAUUUCCUGUACUAUACUUUGGGCCCGUAUUUCACCAAAAGUUUUCGAGACCAGUAUAUCUGCGAUAUAUUUCGUGGUCCUAGCUGCCCUGGCUUUUGGCACCCCACGUUGUCCAAUACCCUUUUAGUCAUCACGAUUCUUCUUGUUCGUUAGUGGAUUCGCAUUCGUGCAAGUCAUGGAAUAUCUCACACUUCAAGAUAUUCCGCACCGUCACUGCAACCUCGUACACUCACACAGAAUGGCUUCCCAGUCAAGUGAAAGGCCGGUGGGGCACAUGGCAGCGAACCAUCUUCAACGCAGUUCACCACCCCUCCAACCUGGCGAGCAGAACUUCCCAGGGAAGCUUCCCUCGUUUGAUGAGUUCGUCCAAACAACCAUUGAGAGAACACCACCACACACACCAUCCCGGAGGAAUGAUUCCACGGAGAACUCUCCGCAUGUGCGCCCGCAAUUCGAUGAUGUAGCCUGGUCAGACAGCAAGCGCAGGCGCGUCGACACUCUGGGCGACAUCUACGCUCGUCCCUCCAAUGCUGCAGAAUACCCACCCGCUGAUCCUCGCCGCAUGAGCUCUGCUAUUGACCCUGCACUCUAUCAUGCAGACCCCGCUCGGACUAGACAGCAAUCAGCAGGCCCCAGUCAUCACCGUCCGAACUUGCCAUAUCCUCCUCCUGCGUCAGCGCCGCAACACGCGCGUCAUCAGUCUCAACCAGUCGCCCAGGGUCACCCACCCUACCAACAGCCUCAAGUGCACGCACAACGAAUGGUCGUCCAGGGUUCAUACGCGCAACCACCCCCUCAGCAUGGAAUGAUGUACGAGCGUAGACAAAGCUACUACCAGGACCCUCAUAUGCAGCAGCACGCCUACCCGUACGAUGAUCGCCGCGAAUCAGUAUACUACGCCAACCAGCAGUACACUGCCCCACCACCCGCAGGAUAUGAACAAGGCUACUACGAUGUUCGGUUCCAGCAACACGUUGGUGUCGAUCACAACGCUUUCAACCGUAAGCGACGCGGCAACCUCCCUAAGGAGGCCACCAACGUCCUAAAAGAGUGGUUCAACGCAAACCGCCAAUCGCCGUACCCUAGUGAAGACCAGAAACUUGAGCUUUGCCGAAUGACAAGCUUGUCCUUGAACCAGGUCAGCAACUGGUUCAUCAACGCACGCCGUCGCGCCCCACAGAAGGAGCAACGAGAGCGCGAGUCCAAUGCCAGCUCUGAGCAGUAGUCAGUCCCUGGUCGAACCAGACUCCGUAGCGCCAUCACCUCUGGCAACAAGACGCCAUUAUUUUCGCCAUUUCGCACUGGACAUGCUUUGAAGCCGUCGGACAUUUGACGCACAGUUAUUUCAUCAUCGAAUCCUAAAGUCCCUUUCUUACCGUCACAUGGAUUUUUAACCGGUACAUGCAUCAUCAGGUUUUAGGAUAGGCUGUCCCCUCCUU